AUGACUGCCCUUCUGGUCACCAUUGUUAUUUAUGCAACCUUCCGUGGUUUUAGAAACAUUCCUGGCCUAAACAUUCUCUUCCUAUCUGUGGCUCUUUUCACAGCACAGUUGCUGAUGUUGAUUGCCCCUUCUACUGAAAAGGAACCAAUAGUUUGCAAGAUAUUCGCCAUUGGCAUGCACUACUUUUUCUUGGCAGCAUUUCUCUGGAUGAACGUCAUUGCUAUUGAUGCCUGGUCCACGUUUUCGAGAAAACUUAUUCGGGUCAAGGAACCAAGACAGAAAAACAGACAAUUUCUGAUGUAUAGCAUGUAUGCCUGGAUGUCCCCUCUUGUUCCAAUCGUCUCGGCCUUGACACUGGACUAUGUGGAUCCUGCAUCUGUGUUUUCUCCUGGGUAUGGACUAGGAAUAUGUUGGAUUACAAGGAAGUUAUCACUCUUGAUCUUCUUUGCUGCACCGCUUGCCAUGGUUGUUGUUCUAAAUACCAUCUUCUUCAUCUGCACAUCAACCACGAUUUGUUCUGUCAAGAUAUCCUCGGCCCGGACCCUUGGACCUGAACAAAGAAAUGAGUUUCUGAUCUACGUCAAGCUAUUCAUUGUGAUGGGUCUAACCUGGGGCUUUGGGUUCCUGUCAGCUUUUGUCCCCCAUCCAGUCACCACGUACCUCUACAUCGUCACCAACACACUCCAGGGGCUCUUCAUUGGGAUCUCCUUCGUCUGUACCAGAAAGGUGCUUCGACACCUGCAAGACUACAGAGACCGGUUUGAUAGACAACGGACAAAUGACCAACACUUUUCAACUUUCAACACCCAAAGCACGCAUAUGUAA